CGACCCGCCAUUAAAAAACGAAAGAAACAAAAACAAACAUGAAGUCGAAGGAGUUGUCCGUGGACCUCCGCGACAGAAUUGUCUCGAAGCACAAAUCUGGCGAAGGCUACAGAAGAAUAUCCGCCGCUUUGAAUGUCCCAAUGAGCACAGUGGCCUCCAUCAUCCGCAAAUGGAAGAAGUUCGGAACCACCGUCAGUCUUCCGAGAGCUGGCCGGCCGUCUAAGCUGAGCGACCGGGGGAGAAGGACCCUUGUCGGGGAGGUGACCGAGGACCCCGGGGUCUCUCUGUCAGACCUCCAGCACUCCUCCGAGGAGAGAGGAGAAGCUUCCAGUAGGACAAGCAUCCCUGCAGCUAUCCACACAUCAGGCCUGUAUGGCGCAGCGGCCAGACGGAAGCCAUUUCUUAGUAAAAACUCCAAGAAAAAACAAAUGGUUCACCAAAAGUCCAGGAGAAAGUCUACCCCGAAGAAAAAAAUGACGGGCAACGUGGAUACCCAGUUCACGUGCCCGUUUUGUAACCACGAGAAGUCAUGUGACGUGAAAAUGGAUAGAACUCAAAACGUAGGAAUUAUAUCAUGCAGCGUUUGCUUUGAGGAGUUCCUGACUCCUAUAACGUAUUUGUCAGAGCCAUCGGAUGUUUACAGUGACUGGAUAGCAGCCUGGAUAGCCGUCAACACACCGAUCUGUGACCAGCCCUGAAUGUGUCACGCAUUUUUUCAUUUUAAAAUAUGAGCAUUCCAGCAUAUAUUUUUCUAAUGUAUGUUUCCUAAUAAUUGUUUUUUAUGGAACAUAUAAUUGUGACUAAUACAUCACAAUAUGCGAUUUUCUGCUCUUUUUGACAUCUGCUUGAAUGCACUGAUAAAAGCAAAAAAUCGCAAAUUUAUGUAAUUUGUUUUAUAAAGGAAUUUCUUUUUUCUGCAUUUAAAACACUUUUUUCUUUAUUUAAAACACUUCCUUGCAGCCUACAUCGGUGUUUUUCGCCUUUUUUUUAAAACCAAGGUACGUUUUUUUUAAAUAUAAAAACAUCCUAAGGCACAGCACUAGCAGAAAAUGUUAAUCAAAAUGAAACUAUAUUGACAAUAUUAAUUCGGACUUGUUCUCAUCAAAUCCAAUAUUAUUAAUGCGAUGAGGUGGCGACUUGUCCAGGGUAUACGCCGCCUUCCGCCCAAUUGUAGCUGAGAUAGGCGCCAGCCCCCCCCCCCCUCCCGACCCCAAAAAAAGGGAAUAAGCGGUUGAAAAUGGAUGGAUGGAUCCAUCACUCAUUCUAUUGUCUCAAAUUCGGCCUACAGAACAACUUGCUUCCUGCUGCUACCUAGUGGUAUGGAAGAGUAUUGCAUACUGACACUGCCCAGCUCUGCAACACACACAAUACACAACAGAUUUAUGAUAAUUAUUGGUUUGCAAUAAGUAUUACCAUGCGUCUAUUUGUUUGUUAAUGUAGUCAACUAUCUAUUUUGACAGAAAAAAAAUACAUGUACUGUAUGCAAUUUCAUAUAUUUCAAACUUAAUCUAAUAUUGCAACUAGUAUUAUAUUAUCACACAUUCCAUCCAUUUUCUACCGCUUGUCCCUUUUGGGGUCGCGGCCGGUACUUCGGGCAGAAGGCGGGGUACACCCUGGACAAGUCACCACCUCAUCGCAGAUCAGACAUUCCAAAGAUCAAAAGAAGUACUUAAAUAUGUUGCUUUACUCAUGAUUUUGAAGCAACUUAAUUAAAUUAUACAAUGUGAAAAAUAUUUUUCAGUAAAAAAAUUGAAUUUUACCGUAAAAACACGAAACAAAAAAAAAAUUGUAGUAUUGUUUUCCACUUAAAAACAAACAUACAUUUUACAGUAAAACAGUGGAAGUGUUCUCCCAUUGACAUUUGCAGUAUAUAUUGUAAAAAAAAAACAUGGUACAUUUGAUGGUAAAAUUUCAGCAGCUGAACUGUACUCAUUUUUUACAGUGUACGUAAAAAUGUAUAUAUAUUAUAUUAUAUGUAUAUAUAAAUAAUUGUGAAAUGAAUCAAUUUAAAAUGUACCGUAUUUCCUUGAAUUGCCGCCGGAGCGCUAAUAUAUUUAACACCUCUUCUCACUCCUGCGCUUACCAAAGGCAUGCGGUAAAAGUAAGCAUGCGCUAAUUAUUUUAAAACCUCUUCUCAGUCCGGCACUUACCAGAGGUAUGCAGUAAAAAUUUGAGUGUGACGUAAGCUAGGAUCUUAAAUCCUACUGAAUAGCUCUUAAUCUUCUUCUCCUUCCCUUCUUCCCAAAUUACUGGUAUUGAAAUCAGCCUCCUUCAUUUUGAAAAUGAUGACAGGGGAAGUGACUUGUGACGUCACGAGUUUGACCAGGCGGUAAUACCAAGCAUGCGCUAAUUAUUUUGGGAAGCGAGUUUGACCCGGCAGUAAUUCGAGGAAAUACGGUAUACAUUAUUUACUGUUACGAGUGGCCCUCUGAGGGCAGCCAUAACGUGGCCCCCAAUGAACACAAGUUUGAUACCGAUGCUCUAGUGGUACGCCAAAGAAUCACUUGACGUGUUUUAUUUUCCUAUAAUCAAACACAUUGUUACUGUUCAAACUCUGUGGCCAAAAAUAUUAAAUACACGUGUUAAAUAAAA